AUGGAUAGCCAUCAGCCCACAGGCGCGCUGGUGUUUGCUGACGCGGCCACAUCAUCGUCACUCCAAUGCCUGCUGUCGGACGUGCUCGCCCUCGCGGAUCGGCAGCUGGAGGGGCGGCGAGCGGUGACGCGCGAUGACAUCAGCGAGGAGGAGCGGGACGGCGACGUUUUCAUGUACUUGGCACAGCAGCCGCUGAUGUCACCGGGCCUGGAAGCGCUGGCGGAGGACGUGCCGCGGCCUCAGCUGCUGGCGGCCAAGGACGUCUCCGCCACCAACCUCUGGCUCAGCCCGCGGUCCAGCCGCAGCAGCCUGCACUACGACCCCUACCAGAACCUACUGGCCGUCGUGGCCGGCCGCAAGACGGUCACGCUCUUCUGCCCCGAGGCGGCGCCAGCCAUGUACCCCCGAUCGCCGCUGGGGGAGUCCCCCAACCACAGCUCUGUCAACGUCGGCGCCCCCGACUGCGCGGCGCACCCGCUGCACCGUCUGGCGCGGCCGCAGGCGCUGCGGGUCACGCUGCUGCCCGGGGAUGCCCUGUUUAUACCUGAAGGGUGGUGGCACCAGGUCGACAGCGGUGACGCAACCAUCGCAGUCAACUUCUGGUGGGCGUCACCGCUGACGUCAGCGCUGCGGAAGCUGCCCCACCUCCACCACUACUAUUUGCGCCUGCUGCAGGCCAGCGUUGUGGCUCGCGCGACGCAGGGCCUCUUGGAUUCCCUUUCGCCUGCUGCAGCCGGCGGCGCACACCAUGACGCGACGGCAGCGGCGGCGGCGGCAGCAGCAGCAGAGCGCUCGGUCAAACGGCCCCGUACGGAUGCAAAUGCAAGUGGGCGAUCCCAGCAGCACGCGGCGUCCGCCGCAGCCAGCGGCGGGGCGGGCAGAGAAGCGGUUGAGAUUCUGGCCGGGCUGCUCAGCCGCGACGCGAGCGAGGUGGCUGCGGCCAAGGUGCAGGUUGAGGCGUGGAGGGCCGCGUCGCAGGAGACGGGGUGCAGAGAGGCCGUUGAUGGGGAUGAGGAACAGCAGCCAACAGUCUCAAAUAUAGAGCAGCAGGAGGAGCAGGAGCAGGAGCAGGAGCAGGGGCAGGAGCAGGAGCAGGAGCACCAAGAACAGCAACAGCAGCAACAGCAGCCAGAUUUGAACCAGCAUUCAGCCCCACAGCAACAGCAGAACCAGGAGCGGGGCAAAGGCGUGGUUGGGCAGAGCCUUUGGGAGGACAGUGAAGCCUGGCGUCGCCGCGCGGCUGCCAGCCAGCAGCGGCUGACACGCGCCGCCGUUGAAGUGUCGGCGGCCGCACCCGCCGCCCCUGUGCCGGCAAGGGGCGCCCGCCGGGGCGCUGGAGAUGCAGCCCCCUGCUGCGGCUGCAGCAAUGGCAGCGGGUGGCCAGAACACGCAGCACCAGCAGCAGCAGCAGCAGACACACUCGGCCUGACGGACCCAAUUACGCACGUCUUUGCUGGGCUCGCACCCCUGCAGCUGGCCAGCUCGCUGCACCUCCUCGCCAGUCGCACGCCGGCGGCUCUGCGCCUGCUGCUAGAGGACCGGCUGCAGCCCGUGGGCGCCGAGCUGCUCACCGGGAAGCUGGAGGAAGCUGCCGAGCAGCUGGAGGGGCGCAGUGCCGCACGGGGGCGGCACCAGCAGCGCGGGGGUGGGGGCGAGGCGCAAGCCGGCCCAGGGCUAAAUGAGGACGCAUCGGCGUCAUCAUCAGAAAUGGUGUCUGAGUCAGCAUCACGGGGCGCGGACGAGCUGCCGUUUGGCUCCAUGCGCGAGGUGUAUGCGGCUAUGUACGGGCCAGAGGUCGGCGCCGACCCGGACAAGGUGUUGGGGCGGCUGCUGAGGGGGAAGCUGUUGCUUGCAGCCGCCGUGGCGCAUGCUGUGCUGGCGGACCCGUGUGUAAUCGAUGAAUAA